AUGUCGUCUCCCGCCGGCCAGAAGUCGCAAGGUGCCAGUGGGCACAAGCUGGUGGAGGGCAGCCUCAAACCAUCCAAGAAGUCGGCAUCGCAGACGUCGUACACAUUGCCACAUCCUGCUCGGAAUGAGGUCACAUUCAAAAGGCCUUCUGCAACACAAAAAUCCCGAGAACCCACUGAGAUAUCAUCCGUGGCAGUCGCCCAACCUUUUGUGGACCCCGCCGUUUUGGAGCGUCGGGCGCGGGCACAGAAGAAGCCGUUACAGCAGUGA